AUGGCGCAUCACCGCCUACUCAGUGAAGACUCGGCCAUCUUCUCUCCUUCCGUUGCUCGCAUCGCUGCCUCCACCGCCCGCGACUGGUCAUAUAUCGACGCCUGGCUCUCUUCGAAAUUCCACCCUCGUCCAGUCCCUUCCUUCGAGCGCAAUAACGAUACGCUCAAGGCUCUACUAGCCCUGGCAUCUGUGAACGAAUCGGCAGACGAGGAGCGUAAUUUGGUCGCAAAAGCUGAAGCCGCCGCAUUACAGGAGCUCACCGACUCCGAAGCUAAGAUCGAGAACAAGAGUCGGCCGUUGCGAGAAGGCCUGAUCGAAGCUGUGCAACACAACCUCCCUGCCGAUGGACACACAGCUCUUGAUGCUAUGGGAAACAUAGCGCUGCAAUUUGGUGUCGCCUUUCCGGAGCCAGAGACGUUGGGUCAACGGAUGAUUCAGCUUCAAUCAAGCAUACAUGAUGCAGAACAAAUGAAGACCCGCGUCGAAGUCCUGCACAAGCACAUUGACGAGGAAGCAGCUCGCAUAAACAAUAUACUCAAAGACCUCCAAAGCGAAGAUUACCAGCCUCCGGCGCAUCUGGCCAAACAAAACCUCGAAAUGCAGCGCAAGAUUAAGGCUUUAUCCACCAAGCUCCCUGAGCUCCAAGACAAGGUUGCUUCACUUGCUGCAUCUUCCAACUCUUCGCACCCAACCAUUGCCGACCUCUCUCGCGACGAGCAAGAAUAUCUAUCAGUCCUGGCACAAAAGAAAGAGCUUGACCUACAACUGGCCGUCUUUCAGGGGUUACCAAGCAAUCCAGACAUGGCGAGAGCAGAAUUGGAAGAGCUGCGACAGGAACUUCGAUCUAUAGAAUCACAACGUGAUGCAGUCUUCGAAGGUUUAGUGGAGCGUGAGAGUCCGGUUAAACGACGACGCUGA